GGUCCCGGAAGCCAGUAUGGUUAAUGCGGAACUGAUGAAGAACGUAAUUAAAACAUAAUUUGCGACUUGCGCCUCAUCUCAACGCGGGAUAUAAAAGCUUUGAAAAUGACAAAUGUAUACUCUUUUGAUGGCAUUCUUGUAUUUGGAAUUCUUUUCAUUUGCACAUGUGCAUAUCUGAAGAAGGUCCCUCGCCUAAAUAACUGGCUCUUGUCUGAGAAAAAAGGGGUUUGGGGAGUAUUUUACAAAGCUGCUGUAAUAGGCACACGGCUCCAUAUUGCUGUGGCUGCGUCCUGUUUGUGUAUGGCGCUUUACCUGAUUUUUCUGAAAUGAUCUGGAAGGAUUGGAUCAGUCUUAUGGAUGUUGGACUAUGGAAUGCCAACAGAAUGUAGUAUGUGCUGGCAAGAGUUGCGAGCUACUGGUGAAGAUGCACGGAGACCCUAUUCCACCUGGCCCAAUGUUGGUGAAAGGCUGCAGUUUAGCACUGAUGUUGGACCUGAUUUCUGUUUUUUAUUUUAUUUUUUUAUGUUUAAGUUAAGAUUGGAUUUGGGAAAUUUGGUCUUAGUUAAACGGGUAAUUGCUACUGGAAAUGUUGAGGAAAAAUAUUUUCAAAGUUAAGGACCACCUACGUUGAGAUUCAGACUUCAGUUGUAUACAAAGUACUAUCUGUUUGUUAUGUUCUUUAAUACGUGCAAAAUUAUUGCUUGGGCUUGUAGGGACAGACCGAAGAAGGUAUAUUGUUAUCUUGUACAAGAAAACAUCUUGUGAAAUUCUCAUGUUUUUUUUUUUGUUACCAAAAAUGGAUAUAUUUACAAAGAGCCUCAUUAUUGUAUAGAAGAGUUACCAUUGUUUGCACCAUGUAAAAUUAUCAAAAACAUUUUACACGGUUUAAUCGACAAAUGUAAACAUGCAAAACUGAAAAUGAAGCCCAAAGGGAUUCAGUCUGGUAAUGCUAAUGUUCUUCUAACACUUGUAUAACAUCUUUUUUUGAUACCGCGUAAGUACCUAGGUACUUUAAUUUUAUAAGUAAACCAUCUUGACAUUCCCCAUAUUAUUGUAUUGUAAAGGCAUGUGUUUAAUUGGUUUGGUAAUCAUUGUGUAAGUACUUUGUCACAGAUUCCAGCUGGACAGAGAUAAAUCACAAUAAACAUAGAAAUCACCCUCUCUAAAUGGACAUGCGUUUAUAGUAUAUAUAGAUUAUAUUAUAUUAUUGACCCAAAAAUAAAUUUCACUGGAUAAAUGACACUACAAAUUAAGUCUUAAGGAUGUUUUUUUCUUAUGUUGGUGCAGUUUUAUCCAUUUCACAAAACAAAAGUGUACAUGCCAAGAUGUUCUUUUGUAUUUAUGAUGUGUUUUGUCAUAUAAAAUGCACAGGCUCCUCUGUCAUUUAAAGAUCUCUUUGUUUUGCAUUACAGGCUGUCAUGAUGUCAUCUUACUAUAACAUCCUGAGACCCAGCGAAUAAAAGGUUUUACCAAUUCACUUUUUAAUGUCAAUAUACUAUUUAUUGCAAAAUAAAGAUAUGACUAUAUAUUAUUUUCAACAUUGUAUUUGAUGUGCUGAAUUGUAACUUCAAUCAUUUUUAUAGACCAAGGAGAGGAAGUUUCCAAGGCCAAACUUCCAAACAUUUGGUAUCUCUGAAAAGUUAAUGGUGUCCAUGAUUAAGAUACUCCAAGUAUUGGCAAGACAAAAAUUAAUUGCUGGGUUUCAAAAGGACAAUGACAUUUAAAGCCUGAUGUAUCAAAUAUAGAAUAAUAAUAAUGAACAAAAAUUCUGUUUUUUUCAGUUUAUUAAACUGUAUACAUUUUUUUAAUUUUAAUUCAA